AUGGAAGCCGUACGGCGCCUGCUUGGAUUACCUCCAGUGGGAACUGCACCAAGAGUUGACGACGACCAUGUCUACCCCCUCCAUGUGCUAGAUGACACUAAGAUGCAUCGGGAGAUUUUUCUCAAUUGGAUACUGGUCUUUGACGAUGUACUCGAUCCUGGACAGCUACACAGAUCGUUAGCCCGGCUCCUUGAGCUUGGUGACUGGAGAAAGAUUGGGGGUCGUCUCAAAUUAAAGGAAGACGGCCGACUAGAGGUCCACGUUCCACAGGCCUUCACAGCGGAACGUCCCGCCAUAGCCUACAGCCACCAAAGCGUAGAUAUGGAUAUAAAAGACCAUCCCAUCGCAAGGACACUUCCCAAAGUCACAGAGAACGUCUCUAUUCAGCCUGGGGCUCCGAGCUUCAAGUCUUUCGCAGCCCCCACGCCAGCCACGUUGAAUGAGUUUCUCAAUAAAGACAUUCCCCAGCUGUCGCUACGCAUCACUUCGUUCCAAGACGCAACACUUGUCGCACUCUCUUGGCCUCAUACGCUGAUGGACGUCAUGGGCCAGGAAGCACUUCUACAUGCGUGGUCUUUAGUGCUAGCUGACCGAGAAUCAGAUGUACAACCCGUCAUAGGGGCCUACAAGGACGUCAUGACUGCGGCUAUUAGUGGCUACAACAACGAGGAGUUCAAACUGAGGAACAAGGUGCUACGUGGUUUUAGCCUUGUGAAGUUUGUGCUCCGUUUGGUGUGGGACAAAAUAUGGAACCCAGCUCUGAAAACGCAAACCAUCUUCGUCCCUCAGAGAGCUCUUACCGAGCUGCGACGACAGGCCCAGAUGGAUCUAUGUUUGGAAUACGGCAAGCCGCCCUUUGUUAGCGAUGGAGAUAUACUUGCUGCAUGGUUAGCGCGCGCAGUGGCCUCAUCACUUCCGCGGCCGCGGCCUAUGACCCUGGUUCACGCUCUCAACGCACGCACCCGUCUUUCGUCACUCGACGCACCAGGCGUCUUCAUGCAGAAUAUGGUGGUGGCAGCCCAUACACUUCUGUCAGCUGAUGGCGCAAGGGGGCAGCUUGGGCAGAUUGCACUAGAAAACCGGCGUCACCUGAUGGCGCAGUCAACAGAAGGCCAGGUCCUAGCCUUUUUACACGAACAGCUGAAGGAUUGCGAAUCAGGCGGCAACCCAAGAAUGCUGCUUUGUACCGAUCCCGAUGCUGUACUGUUGACUUUCACAAACUGGAGCCAGGCAAAACUCUUCAGGGCGGCCGACUUCAGUCCAGCAGUUGUGCAUACAGCAAAGACGGUCUUGAGAGGAUCAAACAAUGCUCCUGGAACCAUUACAACUCACUUCGUAGAUGUAGUAACAAGAAGUCCAGUAAGGAUGAGCUGGGUUGGCGUGCUCGGGAAGGACCAUGGCGAUAACUACUGGCUUAGUGGACUUCUGCUGCCCUCGGUCUGGGCUAAAAUUGAGGAUGAGAUUGCCAAGCUGUGA